AUGAGUGCAAAGAAAUGGAUUUAUCUUGACGAAUAUAUUCGAUUUGAAUUCGUGUCCCUCCAAAAGAGUGAUACUGAGGUCCCCCAGUUUGUGAUAUGUUACAAAACUUUGGCCAGUGAUGGAAUGCCGCCCUCACGCUUGGGACGCCACUUGAGGACAAGCCCAAGGCAUCCUUUGAAACAAGGACAUUCCUUGAAGCAAGCUAAGUUGGACGCAAAGAAGGAUCGAUUAAUUGUCUCAAGACGUCAGAGAUCAGAUUCUCAACCAAGUAAGAUUCUCCUGUUUUUGGCAUCCAGUGUGACGAAGCAACUGACCUCUCUCAAUGUUCCCAGUUACUGA